AUGUCUGCUCCUGCUGACUACUCCGUAUUCGCAAGUGCCGAAUUCGACCCUAAUGACUACGCCAAUGCUGUCCUUGCCGGCGAGCCAUAUGUCCUUCCAUCCGACACACGUACAAAGCCUUUGAUUUCUUCCAACAAGCUUGCCGAGGCACCAGGAAAAGAAGAAAUCUCCAUAGCGAUAUCGAAACUCACUUUUGGCAUUGACGAUGUCUCCAAGCAAAUAAAGACUCUUGUGACCAACCAUCAUCAAGAUCUUCUUUCACAAGCAGCAAGUGCAAAUGAACUAUCCGGUUCCCUCAAUUCUGUUCGCGCCGGGCUCGCCGACCUUGAUCAUUCUCUCGAAAAAUUACGUCUCAAAGUUCGUGCGCCAUAUCAGUCCCUUCAAGCCAAUGUCUCCCGUCUCCAGAAACUUCAGCAGGCAUCGGAUGUUCUACGUCGCACUUCUCGAUUUGUGAUUCUCGCUCGCAGACUUCAAAUACAGAUGGCCGAGAUGGAGUCCGUGUCGUUACUGGAUGAUUCGGCUUCAUGUACGUCCGAGGAAACCCGUCAAUCGGAUAUAGAAGGACAUCAACUUGAAUCCCGAAUAUCUUUAAGGUCGGUAAAUGCCAUCGCGGUUCAUGUACCUUAUAUCGAGGAUGCCCGAGCCAAAGUGACUUCAGAAAUGGAAAAUAUGGUUUUGACGGGUCUGACAUCACUUAAUCAAUCCCUCCUCGCGUCUUCCCUUCAAACAGCCUAUAACCUUCGGGUUCUUCCUGAACUAGUUCAGAAUCUCAUAUUAGAACUAUCACAAGCUGUCGACGACAGAAUACGAACUGCGUUUGAUCUUUCCAAAAUUUCCAAAGAAAUCUUGUCCAAAGAUUCCGCCCCGUCACCUACGCUGUACAAGUCCCGCGUGAGAACCGAGCCAACCAAUCUGACGGCUCCACAAUGGACGGCCGCUCUCUGGGCUCGAUUAGAGGUGAUGAUUCAGGACAUGGCUGAAUGCUGCGUAAAGGUAUACACUUUAGAAAGAGUGUUGAAAAUAAAAAAGGAUACUGUUUCACAUGUCGUAUUUUUGGACGAGGCCAUGAAGCUUCUUGAGAACAAACCUAGUGCCACUUUCUGGACAGCUUUGGCCCGUUCGCUAGAGAAAAAUACGCGGGAUGCCGCUAGAAGUUCAAUGUUUCUUCAACAAACACUGAGCACGGGAUACCCAAGACUUUUGAGAUUGUUCCACGAGUUCUUUGCCAAAAUUGCCGUUCAUACAGAUACAACUUACAUACACACUUAUCAAAGCCCAGAGACUGUGCUUGUCCUUCGCGCACUAUCGAAUUUCGAAUCAUUGUAUCUUUCCCGAUCUUCGACUAAACUUAAUGAGUCCGUCAGUCAGGCAUUCUCUGGUGGAAUACGGACUCCACCAGGGAUAGCAGAAGGUAUCAACAUUGCGCGUACUGUGGCCAAUGAGUUGGACUCGGCUAGAUUCGAUCCGCUGCUUGUGAGAGCCGUCGCUAAGAGCGCUACAACAAGUAUCGAUAUGGUUAUAUCUAGACUUGAUGGUUUGGUCUCUCGGGAUCGAUCUUCCGUGACUUUGGUGGGGCCCUCAGCGACGCCACAACAGGCUAUAAAUGGUUCACUAGCAACAUUUGUAUAUUAUACAUGGUUGCGACUAUCACAGCUUGGAGAAGAACAGAAAGAGGUGGUCUUCAACGUCAUCAAGCCUAGUGUUGAUAAUUUGCACUCUGCCUACGAACGCAUCGUCAAUCCUCUGCUCACCGCCAUACGGCGUGAGCUUGGCGCUAUCGUAUCUAAGAUGCAUCGUUUUGAUUUUGGUAAAUCUGCAGAUCCUAUAGCAGGUAUGGGUGGGACCAGUCUCUACAUGAAAGACCUCGUAGAAAAACUGGCUUACAUCAAAGCCGAGAUCUUCAGCAAAUUCGGAAUUGGAGAUGAAAAAAGAACGUGGAUAAUGUCACUUGUGCAAUACAUCAUUAAGACCUUUGUGCUGCAUGUCUCUAUAGUCAAGCCACUUGGAGAAGCAGGAAAAUUGCAGCUUACCAGCGAUAUGACAGAGUUAGAAUUCGCCCUGAGCGCGUUUCUAGUGGAAAGCCCGCAAGAAAAGCGGGGCGGGAACUUGGAGAGCGUAGGACCAGAAUACAAAAUGCUUCGAGCAAUGCGUCCUCUUUUAUUCCUCGAAAGCUCACAACUGGCGUCGUUACAUUACACAUCUGGUCUUCCUCCUCUUAUCGUGUUACACCAUAUACUUGUCCGUUCACCGAUACCACUGCCACAUAGUCUUCAUGGAUGGCAAGAAGCGGAAUAUGUUCGAUGGGUUGAUGAACACACGGAGGAGGAAGCGUGGACUCUUGUAGACGGUGGAUUAUCUCAUUGGGAAAGGACGACGGAGAGCGGAGGCAGUGAAAAGGAAGAUGCGAUGCAAUACGUGAAUUUGGCACGACAAGUAUUAGCUGCAACACAAUCCUAG